UUAUUUGGAUUGGAUUUUGGAUGAGUGGAGCAGAGAACAGAGAUGUUAAGUGGCGGGGAAGGAUGGAAAGGAAGAGGGAAAGUGUAAUCUGCAUGCAUCUGCAUCUGCAUCUGCAUCUGCAGUAAAGUAAACUAGUCUCGGAUGGCGAAGUUGUUAUUAUCUUUAUGGCUUCCAAAUCCAAAGGUACAAUAUGGAGGAAGAUUGUGUGUUAAGUGUUGUGGCAGUGAUGAAGAGAAAGGGGAGAAGAAGAAGAGGUUGUCGAAGCAGUCGUCGUGGGAGGCGAAAGAUGCAGAGGGGAGAGACUAUCUGUACAGGCUUGGCAAAGAGGCUGAUAACAUGAACAUCGCCGUUGGCCAGCGUGCUGGCGUCAUCGAUGACCUUUUCGCCGGCAAUUUUCUCGGCAAAGAUUCGGACAUUGUGUUUGAUUAUCGUCAGAAAGUGACGAGGUCCUUUGAACACAUUCAGGGUGAUUAUUACAUCGCUCCUGUCUUCAUGGACAAAGUUGUAUGUCACAUUGUGAAGAACUAUGUUGCUCAUCUCCUCAAUACUAAAGUUCCUUUGAUUCUAGGUAUUUGGGGAGGAAAAGGGCAAGGGAAGUCAUUUCAAACAGAACUUAUAUUUCAGGCCAUGGGAAUUGAACCUGUAAUUAUGUCUGCUGGGGAACUAGAAUCAGAGAGAGCUGGAGAGCCAGGAAGAUUGAUUCGUGAACGCUAUAGAACAGCAUCUCUAGUGGUCCAGAAUCAAGGAAAAAUGAGCUGUUUGAUGAUCAAUGAUAUUGAUGCUGGUCUUGGUAGAUUUGGGAAUACUCAAAUGACAGUCAACAAUCAAAUUGUUGUUGGGACUCUUAUGAAUCUGUCAGACAAUCCUACAAGAGUAAGUGUUGGCCAAGAUUGGCGAGAAUCAGAUAUCACAAACAGAAUUCCAGUCAUUGUAACGGGGAAUGAUUUUUCAACUAUUUAUGCGCCACUUAUACGUGAUGGAAGGAUGGAUAAGUUUUACUGGCAACCUAACCAUGAAGAUAUCCUGAAUAUCGUUCACAGAAUGUACGAGAAAGAUGGCAUAUCUAGGGAUGAAGUUGAAAGAAUUGUGGACACUUUUCCUAAUCAAGCACUGGACUUUUAUGGAGCUUUAAGAUCACGUACAUAUGACAGUUCUAUUUUAAAGUGGAUUGAUGAUAUUGGAGGUGUUGAAAAUUUUGGAAGCAAAAUUCUCAAAAGAAGAAAGGACCUGAACCUUCCUGUAUUUAUUCCUCCUGAGCAAACAGUCGAUGCUUUACUCGAGUCUGGUUAUUCUUUGCUCAAAGAACAACAGUUGAUAAUGGAAACUAAACUUUCCAAGGAAUACAUGAAGAAUAUAGGAGACUAAUAUAAAGGAUGUUGUUGCUGUGGUGCAAGUCCUAAGGAACUAUGAUUGGGCUAGUUUGGAAUCCUUGUAAAGUUGCUCUAUCAUGGACGAGGUCCACUUUCGAACAGGGUGCUUCUCUUUACUGAUUUCCCUGUUUUUAUAACAUGCAUUAUUUAUCAGGAUAUAACCCAUUUUUAAGAUGAAAUGCAUGAAAUGUUAUCCAAGAAUAGUGUAAUGGUAUCUGCAAUGUAAUAAUACAUUGCGUGCUGAACUGCUGCACGAUAUUAUUAUUGUAAUAACAGUUCAGAAGCGAUAUAAUUAUUCUUUUAAUUUUAGCUACUAGUGUUCAAAUCCAGGUUUUAGUCUAGGAAAAAAACCACAGAUGGCUUCCAAUGAGCUGCACAAUUAUCUACAAGGUUUACCUUCAAUCAUCAACCCAACUAAGAUCCUAGUUGAUUCAUUAGUAAGUUGUCACUGAGCUGUGGUUUGUAAAAUGUAUUACUCAACAAAUUCUGAUUGAUUUUCUUCAUCCUCUUCCCUACUUAUUAAUUUUAUCUGUGAGAUACAAUCUA